AUGCCCAAACUUCUUCCCCUUGUUUCAUGUUGGCACAUCGUGAAGUUUGGAAGGAAGAUCAUGACUAACCUUCAUGAUGAAUGGAGACCCUUCCGCAUCGACUACAAUUUGUUGAAACGUGAACUCAAGUCUCGCACCACCUCUCACAGCUGGGACGACAAAGAUGAACCUGACGCUGUCCAGACCACUGAGUUAUCUUGCUGUAUACGGGAUGCUGAAAAGGACGUUCAAAAACUUGUCGCUCAAGAAUCUUCUCCACCUUCUUCCAAGGCGCUCCACACCCAUUCCUCUGACCCAGGAUUGCAUCGAGCAUGCCCUUCGGACUAUGGACCCGACGAGGGCUCUGAUGAUGAUGAUGAUGAUAUGGACGAUAACCAAUCUGAUACCUCAAUCAAAGACCUCUUUCACAGCCUUCAAGAAGAAGUCGCUACCCUCGUAGCAGAUGUUCACGAUUUGGCAUUGUACACUAAGUUGAAUAUCACUGGUUUUCUUAAAAUUUCAAAGAAACACGAUAUGCGUUUUCUAGAAGAGAUUAAAAAGCCUCCUCCACCGGAAAAAAAACUGUUCAUUUUCCUCGAUGUCACCAUUCUGCGCAAGUAUCUGGAAUACGAGUUGAAUGUGAACAAUACACCCUUCCCUUUCGAUUUGGAAAUGGCUAUUGAUGCCUGGGUGUUACUCAUAUUCUUUGUCGGCAAUGAUUUCUUGCCGCAUUUGCCAUCACUUGAGAUUCACGAAGGAGCGAUUGAUACUCUCUUGAGGAUCUGGAAGAUGGAGUUGCCCAGAAUGGGUGGAUAUCUGAUGAACCAUGGUCAACUAGUGCUUAGUCGUGCGCAGAUCAUAUUAGAGGGACUGGCGCGACGAGAAGAUGAGAUCUUCCAGACUUACCAUAUCUCAGCUGAGCAAUGCCAAGAUCAAGAGGCGAAACAUCGUAGGAUUGAAAAGUCUGGGUCUGGAGAGAACGCCGCAGGCAAUAUUCAGUUUGCCAUUCCAUCUGUGAAACUUGGUCUGACUGCAUCCACUACAUCACUAUCAUCUCUUCCUCAACGUGCAGAUAAUGCUUUUGCUGCCAAGGCCGACUCUAUUGGUCUCGGAGCGCCGCGUAAUGCUCAGUCUCUUGAAGUCGCUCCAGUUGCAGCGCAAGCACUGGCUGGUUCAAAUCGUGAUGUAGUUGCCAAUCGAGCUGCUAUACAGAUGGCGAACAUGAGUGCUGCAGAGAUGCUCAAGGCUGAGCUAUCUGGACUCAUUCCUGUGAAACAGAGUAUUUCUGCUCCUAAACCUGAGCCGGUUGUUCCUACCCCUCCACCCAAAACAGAGGCUGAGCUUAUGGAUGACGGAGAUAUUCCAGGUCUUGGGAAUGCUUCAUCAGCACUUGAAUUCGUUGAUGAUGGGGCUGGUGACAUGGAUGUCGAGCCCAAUGAUCCUGUAACUCUUCCAGCUGAUGAGCCUGUAACACCUGUCGCUGGUGUCAAGUGGAAGCUUGAAGAUAUCGAGGGAGAGGAUACCGAUAAAGUGGCUGGCAUUGAUGAGGAGUCGUCUGAAGAUAACGAAGAUGCAUCUUACACCCUGGUAGUCAGGGCCGAUGGCUCAGUUGAUCAGGCCGAUAACAUGCGUAUUGGCGAUAACUGGCAGCGAACCGACAUUGGGAUCAACCAUCUUUUUGACCAGGUGUUAGUGGCGGAUAAAGAGCUUUUCAAGUGCAUUUCCCUUAUUGAACAGUUUCGUAACAUGCUCACAUUCAUUAUGGUCAAGGUAUGGGGUUUUGGAAGUCAAACUUCAGACUCAGUUUGGAUAAGAUCCUCCCAAGUGGGUAACAGAUCUGGUCCAGUCGAAGCUGCUCCCAAGUUCAGCAAAUUCAUCCAUGGCUGCGCUACCCUACUGCCUAAUCACAUAGAUCUCGUGCCGUUCUGGCUGCCUCAAAUGGACACGGAUAUCCUCAAGCCCAAUACUGGAUACCUCACAGUCGAGCGUCCGACAAAGAGUACUCCUGAUUUUCAGUCCGGUAUUCUCUCGCCCCUCUCGCCCGUUUUGCCGGUACACUCCUACAUUGAGCCUGUCUCUGAAGGGGAAGAAGAUGAAGAGAUGGACUUGACGCCUGCUAGAGACGAGUUUCGGCACACAGGGCUGGCGCAUGAGGACGUUACGGCUGCUAUCGCAUUUCGUGAAAAGUCCCUCAAGGAACGUGAACCUGCAUCUCAGUCCAGGGGAAGCAGCAGCACUCCUGAAGUGGUAUACGAUGAACGCAUGCCAUUGUUGAAGCUGCCACAGCCUCCGAGGGCGGAGAGGAAUGUGUCAAUUGACCCACUGGCACCAUCUUCUGCGUUCGAUGAGCAUCUGCAUGAGCGUUUACAGGUGAAUAAGAAUGUGCCGCCGCAUGUACAGGAUGGUGAGGUGCAGGCUGCUGUAGGGCUGGACGAGGAAAAUCUGCGAGAGGAGGACCGUUUAUUAGUGAGAGACUGGUGUGCACCAUCUGGCAAGCGGAUUGCAGUGCUUGUUCAUAUUGAGUUUUGCAAACGAACGCACGUUCUUGAAUGGUUGAGCUUUGUGGUGCUGAUCGGCACUAUCGCUACGAUGUUAUUGAACUUUGUACCUGCAGAUGAUCCGCAGGGCCUGAUUAGUGCUGCGCUGCUCGCGAUCACCUAUUCAGCAAUCAUCUUUGUGUACCGAGCACUUCGUCUGCAUGCGCAAUCGGUGGAAGGGCUUUAUUAUGACAAGUACGGACCGACUAUUCUUUGCUUUUUGCUGUUGGCUGUUACAUCGAACCUGUGA